ACAAAGUGGAGUCGCAUUAUCCUAAGCCCUUCCUAAACCCAAGCAAAGGACAAAGGAUAAGGAGUUACUUUUAGCAUUUGCGACUCCUUCUGUAUAGUGCGGAGGUCAUCAACAAUGGCUUCUAUAGAGGACUGAGAACUAUGGUCUCUACUGAUGGAUUUGUUCCUAGCUUUUGCUGCCCAUAUCGGAAGACAUUUUUUACAGGUACUAUCCCUGUUUCAGUAUGGCAGUUCAAGCUUGUCUCCAGCAGUCCAUUCCAAAAGGCUCAUUUAGCUCCUUGUAUUAAGUGUGAGAAUAAAGAAAAGGAUCAGGGCUCUCAGGGUUCCUUUGAGCAGGUUUCUGUUGAGCGUUACCCUUAUCACAGUUAUAUGGACUCCACUUCUGGGCAGCUUGAACCAGCAUCUGGAGCUCGCGCUAGUAUUCCUGGGCAGGAGUACUGGCCAGAAGGCACAGCCAGUCGAGUUCGAGCAGCCAGGGCUCCUGAACCCACUGGUACUUCAACUGGAACCCCAUCUUAUGGAAAAAACCCUGGAAGUAGAAGAAAGAAGUACAAGGCAUCUGCUGCUGCUUCCAAGACUUCGGACGUAAAUAUAAUUUCUGAUGAUCCUACGGAGAGUCCAGAUAAUUUACCAGAAGAGCCAAAGGAUCUUUCUUCGGAGUAUGUCAUUUAUCAGCCUGAACAAGAAGAAGAGGAGCUGACAGGCUAUGAGCUGGAUAAAAGACUUGGAAAGCCCCACCCUUUUAUUGAUCCGAAGACAAAGAAGGAAAUAGAGAAGCCACUUACUAGUGAAGAACUAUGGUGGAAUUGGAGAAAGCCUGAAAAAGAGCAAUGGUCUAGGUGGCAGAGGCGGCGUCCUGAUGUUGAAACGGUGUUUCUUAAAGCUAUGGCGGAGACAGGACAGGUAAAGCUUUAUGGUGACCAUCCUACUUUGACAGAGACUGCACUCUAUAGAGCAAGGAGACAUCUAUAUAAGGCGGAAAGGCUACAGGCUGAAAAAGAGAAAAUGGAAAAGAUUGGCCCUAUUGCAUACUACUCAGAGUGGGUCCAAGCUUGGAAGAAAGACACUUCACGAGAAGCCAUUCAAAAGCAUUUUGAAGAGACUGGUGAAGAUGAGAACAUUCAACUCAUCGAAAUGUUCUGCCAUCAAACAGAUCGUGAAUACCGCAUAAUGAUGGGAACUGAUAUCCGUAUUCCUCGUGAUCCUCUGGCCAUGAGAAUGCGGGAGGAUCAAAUAAAACAAAUUUGGGGUGGAGAUCCAGUUUAUCCAACCAUUAAUUACAUUCAGGAUCCAGAUGAAGUGAUUGAUUACAGGGGUCCAGACUUCCAUGAACCAACACCAAAUAUGUUGGCCUAUCUGAAAGAGCAUGGCAAAAUAAUAUCAAGAGAGGAGUUAGAGAAAAUUCUGGCCAAAGAGAAGACAGAAGAAAUUGAGGUGGCGGAAAUUGAUGAAGCCAUGGCACGAGCUGUUGACAUUGGUGAAAAUGAUGACGAAGAAGAAGGAAGUGAUGCUGAAGUUGAAGAGGGAGAUGAGAAAAUUACACGAAAUUGGAGUGUUUUGAAAAGUAAUCCAGAGCUUCGCAAAUCGAAGGAUAAACCCAAAAAGAAAGACAUGUCUCUGGAAGAAGCUGUAGAUGAUUCUGAGAAUUUAACGGACUUCCUCAUGGACUUUGAUGAGGAUGAGUGACUGAUGGAUGCCAGGCUAUUAAGCUUGCAGGAUAAGCAAAUGAAUUUUAUCCCCGUCAAUCUGAUGAUGCCAGCAGCAUCUUGUCCUAUGAUGAAGUCGGUGAACAUAUAUUGAAUUAUUGAUAAGAUCUGACAGUAAGGCCAACGUACGGCAAAACAGUUAUUCGUUGAUGUUGCUGUGACAGCUAAAACAGCAUUCAGUGAACUUCGCCCCAGAAGAGUAGAUUUUUGAUAGAAAGCUUUGGGUAACUCUGAUUAUCCUGUGUAAAGCAAAUGACGAGUGGAGAAUGCUAGUACAGUAGCAUGUAUCCAGAGCACAAAAUGUGAAAAAUUUAUGCAGCUAUGAUUGGUAUAUUAACCUGAAAUUAGCAUCAGAUUCUAAUAUAAACUCAGAUGUCUUGUAUUCGUUUCAAGUUGAACAAGGGAGUGUAUAUUGGUAUUUAUGGUUCAGGGUUGUAGCUGCUUUUAUAGUAAUUUCCGGAUAGUGCAUUCCAAGAAA